AUGAAGAGACUAGCAGCUCACUGCUUUGCUGGUUUGUUAAUUUUAUCCCCACUAACUGUGAUUUCCAAUAGCCGGCCUGCUGAUAGUGGUAAGGCAAUUGAAGACGGCAAUUUGGAAGAAAUGGAAGAGGAAAUCCGCCUUAAAAAAAGGAAGAGACGAAGAAAUUUGGAUAAGGAUUCUGGAAAAGAGGGUGGAGAGAAAGCAAAGAAAAGAAGAGGCAGAACUCCUGCAGAGAAGCUAUCACCCAACCCACCUAAAUUGACAAAACAGAUGAAUGCCAUUAUUGAUACUGUGAUAAACUACAAAGACAGUUCAGGACGGCAGCUAAGUGAAGUUUUCAUUCAAUUCCCAUCUAGAAAAGAAUUACCAGAGUAUUAUGAAUUAAUUAGAAAACCAGUGGACUUCAAAAAAAUAAAGGAAAGAAUUCGUAACCAUAAAUAUCGGAACCUCAGUGAUCUGGAGAAAGAUGUCAUGUUGCUGUGUCACAAUGCUCAGACAUUCAAUUUGGAGGGAUCACAGAUCUAUGAGGAUUCCAUUGUUCUUCAGUCUGUAUUCAAAAGUGCACGACAGAAGAUUGCCAAAGAAGAGAGUGAGGAUGAAAGCAACAAAGAUGAUGAUGAUGAUGAAGAAGAAGAAGAGGAGUCAGAGUCAGAAUCAAAAUCAGUGAAAAUCAAAAUCAAGCUGAAGAAGAAGGAUGAAAAAAGCCAGGACAAAGGCAAAGGCAAGAAGAGGCAAAGCCGAGUAAAAGCCAAGCCUGUUAUGAGUGACAAUGACAGUGAUGAGGAUCAAGAUGAAAAC